AUGGGUCUGGGGGCGGUAAAUUGGGUCUGGGGGCUUCGAUUUGGGGGGGUUUUGGGGGGGCUCCAGCUGCAGCUGCUGUGCAGGAGGGGCUUCGUGCGCAUCGCCCUCAAACACGGGACCCCGCUGGUCCCGGUGUUCAGUUUCGGGGAGAACGAGCUGUUCCAGCAGGUUCCGAACCCGCCGGGCUCGCGGCUGCGGCGCCUCCAGCUGCGGCUCCAGAAGGUUCUGGGCGUGGCGCUGCCGCUGUUCCACGCCCGCGGAAUCUUCCAGUACAACUUCGGGCUGCUGCCCUUCCGCAGGCCCAUCCACACCGUGGGUGAGCGGGAAAACGGGGCGAAAAGGGGGGAAAACGGGAAAAACGGGGAAAAACGGGAA